AUUUUUUUCUUGGUUAGUGGGUCCCUAGUUUCCACUUUUUUGUCUCUUUACUUAGCUCUUGUUUGGUCGGAGUGAAAAAAAAAAUGAAAAGGGAAAGUGUGAGUUUCGUUUGCAUUCACACUUUGAUGAUCAAUUAGUAACCAAAAAUUCUUGAGAUUCUCCAAGGUUUUUACUUAGAUCUCCGAACAAUUCUUUCCGUAGUUAUAGUCUAAAGGUGGAUGAAGAAACAUAGGUGAUUAUAUCUCACUAUAAUGAGACAACAAAGAGCCUCUAAGGUUCAUGAGGAUAGAUAUCCUUCGUCUCAUUCACGUAGAGCCUUGGAGCAUCGAGGCAAGGAUGAGUUUGUGAAGCGUGAUAUGUUGGAUCCGCCAAGGUAUCUCCGAAGAACUGAAGAUAUACGUGGAAAGGCGUUGAGUUUUGGAGUUUUAGAUUGGAAACAGUUAGAGAAACGGAAGGAUACUGAUUCAGAGGGAACCAAAGGAGGAGCGUGUUGUAGCUAUGCUUCUUCAUAUGCUGGUUCAUUGGAACUAGAUUUAGCAACAGGGGUUGUUAAAAGACUGGAGCUAGAUGGAAGACAUGAUGAUGUCCAAGGCCAAUGUUCAAGUCCGGUUAAGGUAAUGGAGAUGAACCAAAACUCUUUAGAGAAACCAUACUUGUCUGUGACAUCUACGAAAGAAAGACAUGCUUCUCCUCCCAACCGCCGGUUUAGCUUCAGUUUUAGUCAGAUGAGUAGAAGUUUCAGUACCAAAGAAAGCUCAUCCUCUGGUCUUGCAUUGUCAAGCACAUCUCAUGCUUCAACCAAAUCAGGUCCUUUGACAUUCAACAACUCAGGUCAUGUAAUGAAACCAAAGACUGACAAGAAUGUCCCAUUAACCAUGGAGAAGAAGAAUCAGUUCAGCUCAAGAUCACACGCGCUUUUGCAAUUCACUUUGAGAAAAGGUAUCAGUUUAUAUCAGUUUGUGGUUGACAACAACAACAACAAUGUUCUUGCGGCCACCAUGAAGAGUUCAGAUUCCUCGAGAAAGUCUUACACAUUUUACUCCAUCAAAGAAGUAAAGAACAAGAGUGGAAACUGGUUAGGCCGUCACAAGAACGAUCAUCCGUUUGUACAUACAAUCAUCGGUCACGUGAAGACUAACUUUGAUUCAGAAACCUACAAAUCAGAAUCUGUUUUGGUCGGUGUUGAGACAAAGGAAGAGCUUGCAGCUAUUGUUCAGACAAGAAACAUACUUCAAAAGCAGAACACAACUACUGUUAUACUCCCUAGUGGAUCUCACACGCUUCCUAAAGACUGUAACGUCCCUCUUACGUUGCUUGACCGGUGGAAAGCUGGUGGCUCAUGUGACUGUGGUGGUUGGGACAUUGGUUGCAAACUCCGUGUCCUCUCUAAUGAUCACUAUACAAAGUCUCAAACCUCCUCAAGCUUUCAACUAUUUGAUGAUCAGGAAAGAGACGAGCCAGUAUUCAAAAUGGUGACACACGACCAUGAAUUCCACUCGGUUGAGUUUGUAUCAUCGGUUUCUCUAAUGGAAGCGUUCUUUGUUGCGUUAGCAGUAAGUAGUCAUCAGAACUGGUGUGAAGAGGAGGAGGAGGAAGCAGUUUUGAACAGAGCUGGUACAUUGAAGAGAGUAGCAUCAACGAAGUACGUAUCAAACCCACCGGUUUCUCCAAUAGGUCGGGUCUAGUGGCAAUCAUGAGGCUGAAAUGGCUGAGCUAGACUAUGUUUGGUUGUGCUUUAAUAUACAACUGUAUUUAAUAAUUAUAUAUGGCAUAAUUGUUUAGAAUUUUCGCAAUGUA